AUGAAAAACAAGACUUUAAGGUACCUAACAGCUGUUGACUCCGUUCUUUUAACGCUGAAGAAAUUUAAAUCAGCUUCUGUGGAUAUCUAUGAUGGUCGACCAAGUUCAUUUGAGGUUACUGUAAAUGACAAACUGAUUUUUUCAAAACUAAAAUGCGGUGGUUUCCCAGAUACAGAAGCUAUUCUUUCUGAGUUGGUUGCAAUAACAGAAGGUGAAACACCAAAAGAGUCAAAUACACUGUCUUUCUCUUUUCCUGCUUGCGCGUGUUCGUGUGUGUGUAUGCAUGGAGUGUGA